GCCUGCGAGCUCAGUACCAGAGCCUCGGAGCCUUCAUUUAUGUUAUUAGUUGAGUCUGUAGUUUUCCUGCUGUGAAAACGGCUUACAGCUGAGCUGCAGCAUCUUUGGGCAGAGACACACACUUUCCUGGGGAUGCGUCUAAUUAGUGAAAUAACAAACACCUGUGAGAGCAAGUAAAACACCAGUAAAAACAAUGUUAAAAAGCCCAUGGAGAACGACUAUCUCGGCUGCAUCAUCGACUGUGGAGCCCUGCCGCUGAAACCGGAGCAGGUCAGCACCCUGUUCUGCAACAUAGAGGACAUCUACGAGUUCAACAGUGAUCUCCUGGAGGAUUUGGAGAGGAGUCCUCACGCUGCAGCCAUCGCUGAGUGCUUCGUAGAAAGGAGCGAAGCCUUUGACAUCUACACACUCUACUGCAUGAACUAUCCCAACUCGGUGGCAGUGCUGAGGGAGUGCAUGAAAAACGAAAGCCUGGUUCGUUUCUUCCAGGAGAGGCAGACGACUCUGAACCACUCUCUGCCUCUGGAGACGUACCUGCUCAAACCAGUGCAGAGGAUCCUCAAGUACCACCUGCUACUACAGGAACUUUCCAAGCACUUUGACAAGAGCGCCCCAGGAUACGAGGUUGUCGAGGACGCCAUCAUCACCAUGACUGCGGUUGCCUGGUACAUUAACGACAUGAAGAGAAAACAGGAACAUGCUGUACGGCUGCAGGAAAUCGAGUCCUUGCUGGUGAACUGGAGCGGGCCGGACCUCAGCGGGUUUGGAGAGCUGGUUCUGGAGGGUUCCUUCAAGGUGCACAGAGUGAAGAAGGAGAGAGCGUUCUUCCUGUUCGACAAGAUGCUGCUGAUCGCCAAGAAGAGGCUGGAACAGUUCGUCUAUAGCACGCACAUAUUUUGUUGUAAUCUUCUGCUGGUCGAGACGCUGAAGGAUCCGCUGUGUUUCAAAGUGUCGGACCAGACGAUUCCCAAACAGCAGCACAUCGUCCAGACGAAGAACCAGGAGGAGAAGAGGCUUUGGGUGCACUACCUCAAGAGACUGAUCGUAGAAAACCAUCCCGCCUCGCUCCCACAGAAGGCAAGACAGGUCCUGGGAGACAACUUCUGUCAAUCUCCUCAGUAUGACCAGGACAACCUGAAGAAGUCCUCCGCCUCGCCACGACUGGACGAUCUCCAUGGCUAUCACAGAGGCAGACGCCAAUCAGAGCCUCCAGAGCUGCUGAUGUACACACCUGAGAAGUCCAGGAAGGGUCUGCCGCUGCUGCUGGAGGGAAACCUGCCAUACAGACGCACCAGAAGACAGUCAGCUCCGGCUAAAGACAUUGAAGCAGCGUUUCAUCCCAAUGCUUUGACGCAGGCGGGCAGUGACGGUGAGCUCUGCCCUGCAGACGGUUUGGGCUCAGCCGGCAGCAGCAGCACGCUGGCAUCCUCCGUCAUUGAGGUGGAGGCUGAACGGGCUGGACUGGGCCUGACGCCGCAGCUGCGACCUAACCGGGAGGAGGAAGAGGAAGAAGAGGAGCUGACCCCCCUAAGCCCCCCUCCCACUCUGUCCAUCACGGAGGAAAUCCUGGAGUUCAUCAACCAGAGCAGAGCCAGGGAAGGACUCGCCUUCAUUCAUACGGAUACAACGGAGCAGGACUUGGAUCAGCCCAAUGAGAGUCAGCCCUCAACUAACCAGACCAACUUCACCUGCCCAUUGCCCCCAGUCGUCUGCCCCUCCAGCCCAGAACAAAGACCCACAAUGCCACAAGAGCAGGAAAGAGUGGAGAUGGAGGAUGACAGCACCCUCCAAACUCAGACCGGUGGCUCUGGCGAGGAAAAGGGAUUUGAAAAUAAGACGACAACAAAUGAAGUCAAAGAAAUUAAAGAUGCAACAAGUCAAGCGGAAAAGAGUGUGGGAGCAGAUGGAGAGACAGAAGGAGAAGGGGUAGCAAAAGAGAAAGAGGAGAAGAAAACAAAGGACGAAGGAAAGGGAGAGAGCAUCGUCCCUGCUCCAAAGUCAGAUCUUCAUCCCUCCAUCUCAGCAGAGGAAGAAAGAGAGAACGGCAGCAGUUGUCACUUACCCAGGGAAGAGGUGAACACUGAGGUCACCACUUCCUCCCCAAAUCCAGAUCUCCCUCAUCACCCCAUCCAGAGACGCCAGCUCCCAACAAGAGGCACCCACCUCACCAAACGUGACAAGAAGAUCAUCGAAAAGAUCAGGAGUUACUACGAGGCAGCAGCUGAGGCCGAAGAGGAUGAAGCAGAGGAGGAAGAUGAACAGGGAGAAGGAGUGGCAUCAAGAAGGCGGAACAGUUUCUCACAAAUCCCAUCUGGCUUGGUGAAGGAGUCUGUAUCACGCUUUGAUGUGGGUGGACACCAGGGGGAGACAGAGGGUGGACAAUCCAAGAAUGAAACAAUUGAAGCAAUCGAUAUAAAGACUGAUCUCGAGACACAGCCCUAUUCCCCCACUGGUCCCAUCUCUUCCCCAACUCCACUCUCAGUAGAUGCAGAGAAUGAUAGACAGGCAGAUAAACCAAUCAACUCCCAGGGGUGUGAUGCAGAGGGCCCAAUCAAGAAACCAACCUCUACCCUGAUACAGGACAAGGAGACCCCAAACCAAGUGGGUUUGAAUCAGCAGUCAAACCAAAACAGGCCUGUUGGAGAAGAGGCUGUUAUACUGGACAAAAAUGGAAAGGUCUGUAAAAGACCAUUGGAGGAAGGACUGGAGGAAAGGCAGGAGGGGAAGACAAGUGUUGUGGCUACUGGGAAGCAAGGUGGAAAUUCACUGCAAGGAGAGGGACCAUCUGUUACCAAACAUUACCAAUGCAGAGAUAAAACAACCAAAACCUGUGGUGGAAACCAAGCUGUGGUGAAUGGGCAUGAACCUAACCAAGCAGGCCCAGCAGAACCAAAGACAGGCCACAAAGAACCCUCUACACCUCUGCCACCUAUAGACCAUUGUCAAAAAACGGACACCAAAACUCAGUCCACUUGCACUACAACCAAACACAAAGACAUGGCCAAGACCAGAGGGAACCUUGAGAGUCUUCCCAGUCAGAUAAAAGUGGGUCGAUGGUCCCGCCACUCCAGGAUUGUGACUGCUAACCGGGCCUUGUUUGAGAGCAUGGGGUCAGACGUGGCUGGUAUUGGAUUAUUUGAGUCUAGCCCUGUGGUGGACCCCGUGUUGAUGGAAAACUCAGACCGUAUUCUAAGCAAGGUCCAAACACUUGCUCGGAUGUACAGUGCCAAAGCAAGCACAAUGAAGUUCCCACUGCAUCAGAAACGGGCCAGCACUAUAUGGAACCAAUCAUGGGGCUCAGGUAGACUGUCUGGACACUCAACUCAGACCCAAACUAAAAGCCAGACACAGGUUCAAUCUCAGAAACCAUCUAAGCACUGGCAACAAACACAAUGCAAAAAGGAAAUCAAUCAAUUAGAUAUGCACACAGAAACCAAAACUGGAACCCAAACUCACUCUGAGACCAAAGUUCAGUGCCAAACCACUACACAAACCAGGCAGCAAUCACAGAUCCAAACUAAAAGCCAGAUGUGGAGUCAGACACAAUACCAAAGCCAAAACCAGACCAAGAUUUACCGCCAGUACCAGACCCAGACCAUGAACUCGGAGGACAAAAGCAUCCAGGAGGAGAGGAUGAUAAAGAGACCAGAGAGCCUGGAAGAUGAUUUCCAGAGGACAGUGAUGGCCCCCUGUGAGCCUAUGCUGUUGGGUCAUGCGUUUGUCAAAGAGCAGCUAACCUCGGCCUGUCAACACCAGACGAAUGAAUUCACCCUCUCCAGGCCCAGGGAUUUCAUCUCUGCCUUGAUCAAAGAAAGAGACUCCAGUGUUGGUUGUAGAUCAGGCGAAAACUCCCAGACUUCCACCACCACAGGGGAAAAUCCAUCCACUUCACUUAGAGAUCAAUUAUCCCGUCAAACCCGGGAUGACAGCUACAGCCUUGGGCACACCGCCACUGACACAUCUGUGGCUUCUGCAGCAUCCGGACAUCACAGCAGUGCACAACCUGAAGAUCAGAGCUCCGGAUUAUGCUGCUCUUCCACUAACAGCCUGUCGACUUCAACCAUGACUUUGGAUUGUCAACUCACCGAGUUCAGGGACCUCGGCUCUGCCUCUUCUGUUGGGGGAAGUGAAGCUCUAAAUCAAAACAGAGACGUUUAUACAGAGAAGAGAGAGGGGUCAGAGCAGAGUGCUGGACACCCUGUUUAUUCAGUCAGAGAAGACACAACAUCUGUAACCAUCAUUACCCAACCAGCACACAGAAAUCAGCAGGAUACAGCAGCUGCACAACACAUACAAGUUACAAAUAUACCAGAAUACACACUCUCCCCAGGAAACACAGACAACGAGGAUACCUUAACAAAUGAUGUGCAGAGUGUUCAUUCAGAGCCUCAGUACUUGGUUUGCACAGAAACCAUGGAUGGAGAGGCAUCCCCAGGAGAGCUGGUACUGAUUGUAGCCUCUACACAGAGCCAGUCUCCAACAGAGUACCACAGUUUCAUGGUGCCUCACCCAGGAGAGCAAGCCCACCUGGAGGAGGGAGACUCCACUACAAAGGGGACCGAUGGCGGGCCAAAGAAAGAUGAGCUCCCAAGCGAUCAGAUGAAAUUAAAUGAGUCAAAGUUUGAUUUAAAUUCUUCAUCACAAACCAGGGGGAUUCUGCAAGGUUCAACAGUGAUCAUUUCAGAAGAGCCCCCUUACCACAGAUCCUCAAGAGAGAUGGUUAUUCCACCACCCCUGAGUCAGCCUUUGCACUUGACCUUUCACCCCUCUAACGUUUCCAGUCAUGUAAUCACAGAAACCCCAGAGGAUCACAAAGCAGGAGAGGGGUCGGCACCAAGUCCAUGGCCAUCAGUUCAGAACUCAGACUCAAAUCCUACCCAACCACGCUCUCCAUCGGUGCAGUCCAUAGACUGUCUACCAACAUUCACCAGCCAGAGGCCACCAGACCUACCCACUGCUUUGGGUAAACGGGCUCUGUCUAACACCUGGAAUAUCAAUAACAUCACUCCAUAUGAAUAUAGGGAACAAAACCAGCAGGACUCAGGAUCCCCCGACGGCCUGCCCAUCUUUAGCCUGCCUUCAGACAGCUGCCCACCUUCCAGACCCUCCUUGGAGACAGCCAGCCUGGUGGAGCGACCCAACCCAGCCAUUGCCACCCAUAGCCAGGACACAGAACUCACCUUGGCCCCCUCAGCCUUCAGACCCAGCCUCAGACACCGCUCUCCUUCUCCUGUUAUAACCUGUCCCACCUCCUCUCCCCUCCCACCUUCCUCCUCCUCUGUCCGAGCGCCUCCUUGCUCACCACCAUUCAGGGUUGUUCCAGCAUCUUCUCCGAAACCUGGAUCUGUUGAAGGCUUCAACUCCCCAAACACUGUCUCCGGGGCUCUUUCCUGUUUAUCCCCUACUCCCUCUUCUGGCAGGGUUUCCUCCAUGAGAUCCCCACCUGCCUCCUCUCCUACGCCUUCCACUGGAUUCAUCCCCUCCUCCUCCUCUUCUUCAGGGAGGUCUUCAUCAGUAAGAGCAGGUCUUCCUUCCUCUCCUACACAGUCCUCUUCCCUCCGCUCCUCCCCCAUUGCUUCUUCCUCUGCAUUCACUAGAUCCUUAGCUGCCUCCUGUAUCAGCCAGUCUAUCAGUCAGAGUAUGGCAAAAAAGAACACUGCCCGGCAACAAGCCCCGUCCAUAAACUCAGUAAAUCAAAGCUCAUCCUCUGCUCCUUCCUUGCCCUCGUCUCAUCUACGACAGUGUUCCCCUUCUCCUAAACUCCCUCCCAGUCAACAAAGUUCCAGUACAACUGAUUCUGUCUGGCUAGUGAGCACUAAAGAUGGGUCCCAACACCCAAGGUGUCCACCGUCUUCUCUGCAGUCCUCUUGCCCUUCUCUAUCCCUCACUCAGUCGCUUCCUCCCUCUCUUUUGCACCGCUACCCUUCCCCAUCGAGGAGUCAGACCCAUCAUCAUCCUACCCAGUCUUCUUCUGCUUCCUCCUGUCCUUCAUUCAUUCACUCCAAAACUGACUCACUGCAGAAUGCAAACAACAACAAUAAUCACGUUAGCUUAGCUGGUUUAACCACAGCGAUCAGCAAUGUAUGUAAUACCAGCAGUUGUAGCAUUAAUGGUGCUGUCAGUAAUGGGGAUUGGUCAGGAAGUCCACAGAGGACGUCACCAGCUAAUAGUAGCACUAAUGCCUCAGUAAUGCAGCAAACCAAUGAUCCACUCUGGCCUGGUUCACACAACCGUGUAGCUCGGCCUUUUUCUGCAUCCGAGCCCAGCUCAAGAGUUCAGUCCCCAUCUCCCUCCCCAACCCCUUCUUCGUUUGCUCGCCUCUGCUCCCCACCUCCUCAACAUAAUUACUCUUCCCCCAUGGCAAACAAACCUCCCCACCCUCGGAGCACACGGACAGGAUGUGCUAGUUCCCAUAAUCCACUAGGCCUCACUUUAGAGCUACCCAGGGCCUCUACAGCAAGUUCAGCAUUUGUGCCAUCGUCCUCAUGUCUGAGCCCUCGUAUCCUCUCCCCACCUCCCAUUGGUGUGUCGGUGAAUGUUUGGACAAAUAAUGUUGCAUCACCUCAGCCUAGAAACCCCAGAUUUGCUUCCUCUUCUCCUUCGUCUCCCUUUUCUUCCUCCUUAGGCUCAUUAACAUUGGAAAAUGCCUCUUUUCCCACUUCUUCUCCUUCUGCAGUCCCACUGCAUAGUUCCAUAGCUUCCUCUCUUUCUGGACCCUGUCCUCCUGCAGCCCAAAUAACCUCCCAAACGCUGCGAAGGUCUUUCUCCUCCAACUUGGCAGACAGGCCCCCUAGCCCGGCACGGAGCAACUCUAGCGGACUGCGCCGCUCCUGGGCAGAGAGCAGCCGUAGGUCUCUUGGUUUCAGUGGAAGUGGUCGAGGGUCCUUUGACCAGCAGGUGUCCUGUCCAACCAGUCCAAGGAGCGGAUGGUCCUCAUACAACAGCUCUCCGUCCUGCCUCAGCCCCCAAGCUGGGCUUCAGUCCCCACUCUCACAUAACAGACUUACCCCAGGGAAGGGCAACCUUGGUGGUCAGCAUUUCACCAGCGUGCCCUGGCCAGAUGUGCGAGAGCUUUCGACCAAAUAUAAUAAUGGAACUGAUAGCCUCGAUACGAGUGCUACUUCAACUAUCAUUGCCUCCUCUCCUUCUCCUCUCUCCUCGCUCUCUCAGUCCUUCCUCUCCUCUCCGGCUCCAUCAGACAGCCAGACAGAAUGGGGAGAACCCGAGGUAGAAGAGGGUAACUGUCGUAGCCAGCUCAUCUGCGCCUACAUUGCCCGGCCCUUCCAUGAACAAAACCUCUCCUCCUCAUGCCUGGCCCUGUCCUCCUCAGGCAUGACCUCCCCUCCACCUGCCCCCUACCAGUACCAAAACUACUCGUCCCUAGUCAAACCACAACCUCAGGUUCAAAUCGCCACCAAAACACCUCCUGCCCCCUCCCCCUUGCCCUCAGGCUCAUCACCUCUACCUUUUGCCCAUUCCUCGCCUACCAAACCAGGGAACCAGAAGACCAGUUAUGCCACCACAGUCAACCUCCAGAUCGCUGGAAGUGGCCGAAUAACCUCCUUGAGCACUGCCCAAGUUAGCCUGACCCAAACCCUGCAGAGUGGAGCUGGAGCUGGAGUACCGGGACAGGGGCAGAUGGCGAGGAGAGUAAGCAUCAAUGGACUUUCACACCUUCCUUCCCCUCUUCCUCAGAAUUGUAACAGGCUUUGAAAGAAAGAGAGAGAGAGAGAGAGAACUCUUUGUUUCAUGGCCUUAUGAAAAAAGAAGGACCAAAAGACAAUGGGAUGAAAAUAGAAAUGGCAUUAGAAAAGAUGUGCACUCGGGAAUUUGCCCCUUACUGCAGAGACGCAAAAUAUUCCCUGGCUGGACUUGAGCCAUGAACCCCUCUGCUUGAGCUGAAAAAAAAGAAAAAACAAAAAAACAAAAACUCCACAAAUUUGCUUUGUUUAAAAUGAUCCUUCGGAAAUAGCGAAGCAUGGAAUACUUUUACCUGGGAAUAAGUUCACAUCUGAUGGACACUGAUUUUAAGACACAGUGUGAGGGGAUGCAUCUGGGGUCAGACAUCAAACUAACUCUUCUGGAAAAGCUUUAUACCUGAACAUUAAUCAGAAGAUCUUUAAAGGAUGGAAAUUCUACCUGCGCAUGGCUUGUGUUUUACAAUCUGGGCUGAUGACUUUGAAUGGAUCCCAAUGGAACUGCUUUAAAGAUCCUAGUAUUGUAAAGAGUAAAGACAUAUGUCGCCAUCGAUGGAAAUUUAUCACUUGGCUUCGAUCUUGUGAGAUGAGCGCCAAAACCCUGAAUGUCCACGGCUGGGUGUGAUGAAUCUGAAGAUGUGGCAAACUGGAUCGAAUUGCUGGUCACACCGUGAAACCAGUCUGAAGUCUGUUCAUUGGACAGUUCACUUUCUGAACAGCUCUGGACUCUCUCUGUGGAUUUGAUGACUUUUUCACAUUGAACUAUUCAUAUUAGACAUUUUUAUUAACGCCGGUUAAAUCAGUAACAGUUAAUGAGAUGGAGUACAUUCAUUUUUGUUUUUUUAAAUCCUGCAAACACAGACACGUUGAAGGUCCAGUGUCCAACCAGGGCUGUACGCAUUAAUAGUUAGGCAUACUUAAUGUAUUAUUAUUGUUUGUUGCUUUGUUUUUUCUGUAAUUUUUUUUUUAUAUUCUGUUGAACAAACAUCGGUGUCUGGUUAUUUGAGGUCAGUGUUGAAGAUUAGUGAUAACUGUGGUUAUUAUUAAUCUAAUGUAUCUUUUUAACCAUUUUUAUUAUUCUUUUUAUUUUAUUGUUUAUUUAUGAAGUUAGUCUUAUUCUCUUUGGCACUUAAUAUCCUUAAAGUAAUGUCGAUAUUUUGCACAGUGUCCUCAGCUCUUGGGUGCAUACUUUGAGCGCGUGUGCGAGAAUGUGUGUGUGUGCGCGCACGUGCGUCUGUCUAUUUGAAACGACGCGUCUGGUAGGUUCUCCCGUAACUUCAGACCAAGCCGAUAUCUGCGUGUUUUUGACGCUGCGUUCGUUCCCGUAUUGAUGUACUCAGAUGGUUCAUUGACUUUACACUUUCUCCUGUUGUCGGUGUUCUUCAGAAACCUUUUAUCUUGAGCUUAACUUGGUUUUCAAAAGUUGUAUUAGAAAGCCAACCGGGUGGAAAACGCUCCCUGAACACAGUAUCAAGCCGAACACUGAUGACGCAUCAUGAAGUGUUAAAAACAGACUCAGGUUUUUGAUGCAUGGAAGGGAUGAAAGGUUUCACCUCACAGCGGUUUCGGCAACACACAGCCAUGUAUUGUCUCUUUCAUAAGGUUAAUAUACUUUAACAUACGUUAUCGUCAAGGCCAACUGUUUUUGGUUUUUAAUCAUUUGUUCCAGAGUCUUUAAUAGAACAGAUCAUGUUACACAACAUCUUUACCCAGAUUUAAUGUCCCCACACACUCAGUUUCUGAUUGUAAUGAGAAAAUACUUGACAAUAGCUGGAGAGAAAAAUGCAGAGAAAACCCAAAUAGGUUACUGAUAUUAAUCUGUGUGUUAAAAAGUUAAACUAUGUGGAGCUGGAAAUGUUUUUUUUUGUUUUGUUUGUUUUAAAUCCAGAUUAAACCUGAAUUUGAAAAAUCUGAUUUCCCCCUAUUUUUCAAUAUUCCACACCGACAGUUAAACAAGUCCCUCAACCUGAACAACCGUACAGGUCACUGGUCAUCACCCUCUGUUAUGACCCUAUAGGAGCGUUUCCUCAGUUAGCUUCCCUAUGGCAGCAGGAGACAUGCCGCAGAUAACCUGUUAAAAAUGACUGUUCGAAAUAAAUAACUCACCUUUUUAUGUUGUGACAAUGCUAUAGCGAAGGUUUGGUUAGGUUUAGGGAAAGAUCGCGGUUUGGGUUCAAAGAUAAGUACGUUAAGGUUACAGAGUGUUUGUCGUCAUGGCUACAAUAAGAAACAGGUGGUUAAGGCUAUGGAUGGAUCGUGGUUAAAAGAAACAACGUUGACAGUCUGUUUGAAACAGGGAAUGAACAGUGGUCUUUGUGUUAAAGUCUAAUGUUUUAUUGACCCCCCCAACCUCCUCCGCCGCACAGGCUUUGUGGCUCCGCAACGACGUCGAGUGGCGUUCUCCGUUGCUCCUGUCGUAAUUACCGCGGCCACUAGAUGUCACUUAAACAUUGAAAGGAAAUGACAGUGACACUGACACUGUGGACUGUCACGAGACGUGUGGAGGUCAAACAGGAAAAUCACUUGAGGAGAUGUGAGGUUUCUGCAAGGCGCAGGUAACUGGAGAUGACUUAAUGUUUUUGGGACCUGGUGAAAAGGGAAAUAUUAACUAAAUCUUCAUCCAGUAACCCUAAUACAAUCUGUGAGAUGUACGAAAAAUAAAG